UUUCUCAAAUAAUGACAGAGUAUAACCUUAAAAAUUGGUUCAUGUGUCGGGAUUUAAUUAAACCUUUACCCAUAAUAAUCAAUUUCUACUCAAUUUGAGGUUUUGGGUAAACAAAUAAUGCCAGUACUAUUCUACCACUAUUCUUGAUAGGUGCAAAUUUUACUGACAUGUAAAAAUAUAUGUAUUUUUCUCCAUUCAACUUUAUUUUUACAAAAGAAACUUGCAAUUUUUUCAAGAAUAGAGGAAUAAAAUUAACAAUAAAAACUAGUUUCUAUAAAGAACAUCAUAAGGCUGGCCUUCUCAAAUACUAAACUAGCUAUUUUAAAUGAACAACAUAGAGCUGGAUUCUUUUUUGCAGCUCGAAUGAGUUAUUUAACUUUAAAUUUGGAAAUAAAAAAUUGAGCAAUAAUUCUAUUUAUUCUUUCUUGGCGUUUCCAAAACCAAUACAUUCUCGGCACCAUUGACCAGUUUCCUCCUUGGUUUUCCCUGCAAGGCUUCGACAUAAAUACUGACAAUUAUUUCAACAGUUAAGUAACAUAUCCCUCGCAGUGUUUUGUUUUGCUUUGGCAACAGGCUACAGGACUCAACCGACAGGCAAACGUUGUUCUACGUUCUCACAUUAACAAUUCGUUAAUAACCCUGCUACAAAACAAAUGGAAAUUCAGUGUUUUGCGAUCUCUUCUUCUGAUCUUCAACAGCUUGUCAUGAAAUUUCCGACGUAAAUGCCGCACCGAUAAAGCCAAAUCCUCCGGGUAUGGGCAUUCUACGGAAUCGAGAAAAAUGUAUAUCCGGUGAAAAUUUUUCUUCGGCUUAGCAGCAUACUUCGUCUUUUGAAACUUUUCUGCCAGCAAAGUUUAUUAAGCCUCGUACGUAAACAUAAAUAAUUUUGCAAACCUAAACGUCCACAAAAACAGACAACAACAACGAUGUUACGUCCUAACAGUGAGCGAACGGCCCGAAUGUUACACGUAUAAUACUCGUAUCAGUUCUAUGAACUGAGAAAUUCUGUAUGUGCGUAUACAUUCCACUUUUAAAUUGUACUAACUUUUCUCCGAGAUGGCUGGACCGAUUCUCAGUCACAAUGCCAAACAAAAGGUCUAGUCCAUCUUCAGGUUCCUAUUGAAUUUUAUUAUAGUCGGAUUGUUCUAAAACUAAUGUCUAUUAAAACGUGGAAAUCGCGAAAUUCUUCUCGAUCUUAGAGAUUACGUCGCCGAUUUGAACAAAACUAGUGCCGAGAAAGUUUGUCUCUCAAACCCUUAACGUAAGGGGAGAGGGGGGCAGUUUCGGACACUUUUUCUAUCUUGAUUUUUAAUAUUUUUUUGUUAACUUUAAAAAAAUCUGAAUUCAUCCUGGCUGUUACUUGGACAUCGGAAUAUAAUAUAAGCGUGUUAGUAGUGUGCGUUGAUGCGAUUUCGAUUGAUUUAUUAGAUUUUUUCAAAAUUGCUUUUUUGUCCGAAUGUGCCCCGUUUCGGACAGUUCUGGAGCACAUUCGGACAGUGUUGAAAAAGUUUUCUAAAUCAAUAAAAAUUUUGUGUCCAUACAAGCAGAGACUGAGAUCAGAUGAUUCACAAAUCUCGAAACUCAUCCUUCUAUUCCAAAUUUAACUCAUAAAACAAGAACCGAGCAAACUGGCUAUGAGAAAGAAAGGAUACAAGAGCUAUGCCUUUUGCUCGGCAAUAUAUGAUUGGUUUAAAGUGCAAUGGCAUUCGUUAUUGUCAAACAACAGCAAACUGGUUCACUUACGCUGCUUUCUGGAAUCUUAUUCAAGUGUUACAGAACAUUAAGAAACAAUUUUCCAAUCGUCUAGGUAUGAGAGAACUUUCGAUCAAAUACUUCUCUAGAAAUGUUUCUUCCACGUUCGUAAAUACUUGUUGAUCUAAGUUUUUGGACGACAAGCUUUUUGAUAUAUCCGUUUUUUAGUUUCUUUAAUUUUUCAGACGAGAAACCAAAGUACUUUUUUAAUUCCGCAGGUAUCAGAAGCGUGACUCAAAGACAUUGUUCCGUUAGAAACUCUCCACAGCUCAUCUUCGUUGAUGCUUGCUCUAUCGGUUUUCCUAUUGUGGUUCCGAACCAUUUUUAGGACUGAGAAUCAGUCUAAAUCGAUGUUUGUUAAUAAACAACAAUCAAAUAAGUAAGUGUCCGAAUGUGCCCCAUGAACGAUGUCCGAAUGUGCCCCACCACCAUCUGGAGACUAAUCUUAAUUUUAUCUAAUAAUUAAGAUCUUUGUUUCCCCGUUAUUCUCACGUCUUUUCAUUACAUAUUAGUUACGACCUAAGGUGGUGUGCUUGAAUUUCUAAAUCUCUCACAAAGAAAUCCGAGAAAUACUUACAACUUCAAGCUCAAACGGUUGAAAACAUGAAUGAAAAAUGGCACUGUGUUGUUUUCGUAAGUAAUGAACAACCAAGAGCUGUCAUACUAUAUGGUAGCGGUUGGUGGAAGGGCUGCCAACUUACUUAUAUUUUUUGUUUGGUUGAAAAUUGCACCAUUUGUUAUUUUUUAAGCUCUUUUCGAAACUGCCCCCCUUUCUUCUACUCAAAAAUCACAGAAAGAAAUGUAGGAAAAAACAAUUAUACAAUAGUUAGCAUACAUACAUUAGCGCGAAAACGUGGCAAAUUUUUCAACUGAUUGGAGUAAAUCGAAGUCCGUUCGAUUGAACGGAGGAGUUCCUGUCAAAAAUAACCGAGCUAUGUCUGCUAUGAGCCUUUGAAAUUGGACAAGAUUCGUUGCAAGUUCCGAUUUUAGAUUUUCGUUUCACACCUCUAAGACCGUAAAAUCGGAGUUCUUCGUCAAAAUUAUUUUUUGAUGCGGAAAUUAAAUGGUGUAGAGAUAGCCAGGCUGUGUUUUUUUUUCGAGAAUUAAAGUGUAUGUGCUAAUCUAUUUUACCAAAUUAUGAAUUUUGUAUAUAAAUUUCGUAUGAGACACAUCACUAAAAAGUGGCAGUGUGUGUCUCUCUGAUGAGUGAAUGCGAGUGAUAUGCGAGAGCCGACAGUCGUUCUACAAUUACGAGCGAAAGCUUACUGCAACGUACACUGACGAAGUGAAUCAAAUGAAAGCGUUGACCGUUUACAAGCCUUGUCAUGCAUAUAAAUGAAUUGUUUGCCUUUCACUGCCUUGAUUGUGAAAUGUAACGUAAAACAAUUAGGGUAGAUCUGCCUAAUAUAGACCACUUCCUUUAGUGGACCACCUGAGCUUCUUACGUCAAAUGACACAUUAUAAAUAUACUAAUUUUGAUUUAUGCUUUGACAACUUCAAUAAUGUUCUUCAUUAGGAAUGUCGCAACAGACGUUUACUAUAAUAUAGGGUAAAUUAACCUAUAGUGGACCACUUUUGCAUAGUGAACCAACCCCUUGAUUAACUGAAUUUAUGCGAAAACUUGAGGGAUUUUCAGAAAACUUUUAUCGGGAAACAUUUUAUCUAACCCAUCUGCAUCACAAACAUAUAUAACUCCCGAUUUAUGUUAAGAGAAAUUGUACUAAUCUGACGAGUGGUCCACUAUGGGUUAAUAAAAUAGUGGGGUCCAUUAUAGGUUAAUUUACCCUACUUCAUUAAAGCUGCAAAAAAUUUCUUUUAAAAACAGCUACCUGGUUUGCCAUGGUUCGUUAACGUUUUCAUAGGAAAUGGCUUUACCAAAAACUGUACUGACAUCACACUUUCCGAGCGAAAAAUAAUCAGAUUUUCGAUGAACGGGUAGGAUAAUAGUGUCUUUAAUAGAUAAGCGAAAAAUUUUACUAGAAAAACACUUAAAAUAUUGAAAAAGUAGGAGGGUGGUAUUCAAGACACAACCGCAUGACGUUGGACUACGGUAUUCUUAUAUUCCAUUAAAACAAUUAAUAGAAACAAUUGCAACUCUAGUAUUUGCUGCAAUUUUAUCUAACAGUGUAUUUCUGAAUGUUGAGACGUUAAAACGUUAUAAAUAAUAAUAUAUACUAAAAGAAUGGAUAUCUUUCAUUUAAUCGCUGUCAUUUCAUACAUAUUCGAAUCAACCCUUUGUUUGCUGCACUACCAAGACAAUCAUUUAAUUGAGCGAAUUGGUAAAAUUUUCCUAUCUGAGCAAAAAGCAAACUUUACGAAACUAUCUGAAAUUGGAGCCCAGAACGAUUCAACCGAAAGUUUUAAAUUUGAAAAUUGUUUGACAUUUAAUCGAUAAAACUCAUGCUAGGUUAGUUCCAGCCCAGCAUAUAACUUCAUGUAUUUGAAAAAAAAAACGUUUGGUUCAAUAACUCAAUAUAGCAAGAGAGCUCAAUCACACGUUUUUCGGUAGUUGUUAUCAAGGUUUGGGCAAGUGACAGGAAAAUAUCUUAACUUCUUCAGUUGUGAUUUAGAGCAUUUCUAAUUGUUUUGUUAUUUUUCACUAUAGCGACAAGUUUGUUUCUUUCUCUGUGUGCGAGAAACAAAAUCAAAACCGCGCACCGAGAAACAAAAACGAAAAUUUAAUGAAUGCUCAUUGAGAAAACUUGCAACUCUUUUUACCAAUAAUUUAUGAUACUCAAAAGAACCCGUUUUGAUCUAAAUCAAAUUUCUAGUAAAUAAGUGUUGAUCAUUCAUAGGUAGUAAUUUUUCCUCGAUGAAUAAAGACUUGCUGAAGAAGUUAAAAUCGCUGCUGUAAAAUCAAAUUCACAACUGUGUUCGUUAAGACGUUUUAAUAUUUUCAAUGACAAUAAUAAUCUUCGAUAAACACCCGCUAUAGUUAUUCACACACAUGCUAUAACUAUCUAAACACGCGUUAAAACUAUUCAUACACACGCUGUAGCUAUAGCUAUCCAUACACACGCUAUUCCUUUCCAUACAUCCGAUACAACUAUCUAUACACACGCAUAAGCUAUCCAACCAUGUGCUAUUACUAUCCAUACAUACGCUAUAACUAAUCAUUACACACGCAGCAGCUAUCCACACACAAGCUAUAACUAUCCGUACACACGCUGAAGAUAUACACGCAAUAGCCAUAAUAUGCUACACAUGCUAGUGUCUUACACACGCUAUAGCUAGCCAUACACACGCAACAGCGCCAUCCCUAUCAUCGCAAAUGUCAUAGCAAUACAGAUGCACAUACGCUAUAUGUGCACACUGCACACACACUAAAUGGCGGUAGCUUUCCUAGUGGCGGUGCUGGCUCGUGCAGUUUCUGGCUGUUUUCAUCCAACGAUAUCUGAAUUGGAUUACCGCUGGUGGGGUCCAACUCAGAUCGAAGGAGAACCGAACUGAAUGAAGAAAUGCAGCUUCCCACUACCUCCGCCGCUGCUGCCUGAUACCACCGCUCUGGUUCUGCUGAAGCUCAGUUUGGCCGCUGGAAUCAGCCACCGCUGCUGAUUAUACAAGACCGGCCUGGUGGCUUUUCACUUGUUAACUGAUGACUGCUAUGAGACGACACAGGCUAUUAUAUAGCCCAAAGCAAAAAUCCAUCCGCGAGCAAACAAGAAGCGAGCUUGUGAUUGGUUGAAUGUGCACGACUUUUAACACAACUUUUAACUAGUUUAGUAUCGAAAACAUAUUUAAAUUAUAUGACAAUCUUGCGCAAUAUUUCCCCUAUCAAUCAAGCCAUUGGUGUUUAGAAUCUGUUCAGUGGUAAUGAUAAAAGAAACAUUUUAAAACGGUGUUGAAACACCUGUUGCAGCUACCGAAAGCGAGCUCGUUAUUGGUUGAAAGCUGUGAGACUGUUUACAAAGUCAGAUCGGUUGUAUCCGUUAGUGUCGACUGUGCUUGUGAAGAGAGGUGGUGAUUGGUUGCUCGGUAUGAUUUAGACAAUCGAUGUGAUUUAUCAAUUUUUCAAUAGUGUAUCUCGAACAAUAGGUUUUUUUUGUUACAUAAAUUCAACCGUGAAAGAAUUUUUGAUCGGUUGAUGCCAAAACCUCGAAAUUCUGAAAAGAAAUGACUGAUAUAUAAGCGCUCAAAACCUGACCACUUUUCCCUGGUUUUCCCCGCUUGAAUUACUAGAUUUUCAAAUUCAGGUGCCUAACUUCGAUAUAGACGUUAGUCCAACGUCAAAAAAUAGUGGCCCAAUUUAGGGUGGAAAUAAUACUGUUUUCCUUAUUCCGGCAUGCUUCAUUUCGAACAAGAGCUAUCAUCGAAAUAACGCCCUGAAUCAUAGUUACCAUAGUUACCAUAAAUUUGUUAUGAUCGUGUUAUUGUAUAAAAUUGCUGCUGAAAUGGGAAAAACGCCGGAAAUUAGUAAAAAAAUAUACUGAAGCAGCUCUUACUGAGUGUCUUUAAGCAAUAAAAAGUGGUGUUUCGACUAGAGAAGCUUGCAGGCGCUCCAAUGUUCCACGAUCCACCGUAAUGUUCCGUGCAAGCAGCAAGUGGUCAGGAAAACCACGAAAAGGUAAACAGACUGCAUUGACUGCCGUGGAAGAGGAUUCAAUUGUUGGUUGAAUAACUCGGAUGGCACGUGAAGGAUUCCCUAUUACGAAAGAAUGGGUGCAGUCUACAGUUGAUCCAGAUCCAGAACUCUCAGUGCGUAAGCCAGAGUUAGUUUCAUCAGCGGCAGCUACGGUUGAAGAGAUGUAUUAUUUAGACCUGGCCCAAAUUAGGAAAUUGUUGUGGUCCAAAUAAGGAAACGGUGGCCCAUUAAAGGAAACUGAAACGAUGAUUUAUUUCUUUUAUUAAAAGAAAAUAGAGGUAUUAUCUAGUUGUUUUUCAUGCAGAAAAGAUGAUAAACAUGUUACUUCAUGUUUAUACAUCAUGAAAUAUUUAAUUCAGUUUAGAUAUUUACACUUUUCUACACAUCCCUUUUCUACGAGUUCCUUUUCGUCGCACAAACUAUGGGGCAAACGGAGCUCUCAUCGGACUACAACGUGUUUUCAACAGUGUCUCCCCCGGGUUCGACUAUCACCUUCCUCGCACUAGGAUUAGAAGUAAUUUUUAAGUAUAUUAAGACACAAUCAUUGUGUAAAUUGUGUAAAUAAAUAAAUAUUGUGUAAAUAAAUAAAUAAAGUUUUCACUUUUUCUUGUAAAAUUUGCAGCUACGCUACUAAGUGGCCCAGGCAGUUAUACCCUACUUCAGGAAAAAACACAACCGGAAGCAAAAAAAAACAGCAAAAGUGCAACGAAAAUUAUUAUAUUUUUUUAACAAAUCAUACUAUCUUCACCUUUAAAACAAAUGGAAACGCAUGAUAAGAAUGAAUUGUUUGUUAUUUAUGAAAACGAAACACUGUUGCUGAAUAUCAUUCUCUAACACUAUAUAGUAAAAGAGUGCCUAUUUGUAUACAACAUUGGAAGGCGUUCAGCAGAAAAACGGGAAAUGUAAUCGAAUCUCACAGAAAAAAAUACUUUUCACUUUCCACAUCGCGAAAAGUCUGUUAUGUUGGAGGAAAAGAUGAACGUGACUGAAAUGGGUCAGGUGACGAUGAACGGUACUGAUCCGAUCAAUGUCACUUCUUCUGGUGACUAUAACAGGGCUUCACGCGAGCUUAUUUAUUGCGGUCAAGGGUUAGAUGAUUUCCACACGAGCUAUUCAAACAUUCACGGAACCGUGUGUAUUCUGGUGUGCACUUUCGGAAGUAUCGCGAACAUUUUAAACAUAGUGGUCCUUACGAGACGAGAAAUGCGCUCCCCUACGAACGCUAUUUUAACGGGAUUGGCAAUCGCAGAUUUGCUGGUCAUGCUAGACUACUUACCUUAUGCAAUCUACAUGAGUCCGUACACUAAAUUUUCACGCGAAGAACGCCUCACCUACAGUUGGAGCUGGUACGUGAUUUUUCAUUCAAUUUUCGCACAGGUGUGUCACACAAUUUCAAUCUGGCUGACUGUGACGUUGGCAGUUUGGCGAUACAUUGCCGUAGCCUACCCGCAGAAAAAUCGCAUUUGGUGCGGUAUGACGAACACGCUAAUUGCAAUCACUAGCUCUUACAUUAUCUGUCCAUUGCUUGGCAUUCCGCUGUAUCUUUCGUUCAGUAUAAAAUCCCAUGUGGAGCAGUUAGACAGUAGCGGGAAUCCUUACAAGAUGAGUAACAAUGGACUAGUUAGAAAUGUUACACUCUACCGAACGCUACCAUCCGAAUUGGCAGAAAAGCAUCCAGUAUUAUUGAAUAUCAAUUUUUGGAUAUAUAGCGUGGUGAUAAAACUGAUACCGUGCAUAGCAUUAACAAUAUUGAGCUUACGUCUGAUAGCUGCCCUACUGGAAGCAAAACACAGAAGAAAACAGUUAACGGGAAACUCCAACGGCAUGAGGCAAAUCGUCGACGGACGAGUAGUUGAUCUGCAACAGAAGAAAAGCGGUAAAAACAUAGAUAAAGAAAGGCAAACAGACCGAACCACACGAAUGUUACUGGCUGUGCUUUUACUGUUCCUUAUCACAGAAUUCCCGCAGGGAAUUCUCGGAUUACUCAGCGCACUGUUGGGAAAGCACUUUUUCUACAAUUGCUAUCUGAAACUAGGUGACCUCAUGGAUGUACUGGCCUUGAUCAAUUCCGCUAUAAAUUUCAUCCUUUACUGCUCCAUGAGUAGACAGUUCAGAAAUACAUUUAAUUAUUUAUUCCGUCCAAAAUGUCUUGAUAAGUGGCUGCCAAUUCCACAAACCGACGAAAGUGCACCGACGGAACGGCGUAAUCAGGAUGCAGCAACAACUCAAAUCACUCAAAUUUAGCAAUCCAUGGAACAUCCCGAGUUCUGUUAUUGCUGCUCGAAUCUAUCCUCGUGGGUUUUCAGAUGCAUCCCUUGCAAUAGGUGUCGCACAGUGACAUAAUGUGAGAUGCUUUAGUGAUGUUACAUGAUAAUAUGAUGAAAGAUAGAACACAAGUCUCAGCUUCAGUUUCAGAAGUUGACAACCAGCAAACCAGUAAAGUAGCAUUGAAAAAAGAAAUAACUGAUGUUCAUACUACCAAGCGAAGAAAUAACUGAUGAAUAUCUACCUCUGUAUUAUAUUGCUGCAUUUCGACUACUAAAUUGUUCGUGGCAGUAGAUAAGCGUGUACGUUAACUUUUGUUGGACGAUCUUAUUGAGAAACACGAAUUCCUCACUCUUAGGGGAUACGUCAGUGCAACCAUGUUCCGGUGAAUUUGAGUCAUAAACACCAUCUAACGUUUUGUAAUUUUCUUAUUACAGUAUUGAUAAUAUACAAACAGAAAAAACAUUUGAAUAUUUUUAUCGAUUCUGUUAUGAAUACUAUCGAUUGAACAUCAUUUCUUCUAAGAAAUAUAUAUCUAAAAACAACACUGUUAAGGUUAAAUCAAUGCGAUUUGUGGCACUAAGGACAUGGUGCCAGAUAAAAACGGCGCUUGAGUUUAUUAUUUUAUCGUUAUAUUAAAAUUACUUUUAUUUUGCCUUAUGAAUUAUAAUUGUUUCAAUCAUCAGAUGAUAAAUUAUUUGGUUUAGUAUAUCGAUCCUACGAUACCUAAUCUAAAAAAAGGUAUGAGAAUGACAAAUUGCUUUGAAGAAACUUGUAAGUGCUUAUAGUCUAAUAAGGACUGUGUUGCACAGAGUAUAUUUUUCGUACUAAUUUCUAAGUACUUUCUUGGAAAAUAUGGAAAAUCUCCGGCAAGGUUUGAAACUUUUUAUAUUAUCUAAGAAAGUGUUCAAGGUAUUGAUAUAUAUUAUUUUGUGCUACACAAUUUUUAUCAGAUUCUCCAGAGAAAUUUGUGCCUUACAUUGCAUUCUUCUAGUUGAAACCGAAUUUAUUACUAAGUUAAGGUUAAAAAUUACCAUUUCUGUUCAGCCACAAGUAGGACAAAUAGGCGAUAAUUGUGAUAUUGAGGGCUUCUUCUUCUGCUUCAGCCGACUCCUUCAACGGAAUAGAGAUUUAAUCUAGAAAUUUCUUCUCCAUUAAUCAUUCAAUUGUGAUAACCAUAGCCAAGAUCACCUUACUUGUAUAUAAGAAAUACAUUAACUCAAAGUUAAAUGAUAUAAAUACGUUGAGGAAACACUUUUCUUGUCUAUACCUAUUGUAACCUAUUGUUCAA